AUGCAUCAGCCGGGUCUUUCUGCGGCUGCUCGUGGCGAAUCGCGACGAAAGAAGACAAGGACAGCCAUCGUGGACAUGGGCUUCGGAAAAUUUGUAAGGAAGGGUUCCGAUGGCGAUGGUGGAGAGGUGAUGGUAUGGCCAGGGCCACUUCUCCCAACGCUCGAUGGCUUCCGGCAUGUCCAAGCUGCCAACCGUGUAGUAUGCCCCAAGAGACAAGCGAAGUUUCUAGACCAUCCGAAAUGCAGUUCAAUUAUACCGUCAUCGUAUUCGAACCACUUCGAUCAUGGCUCGGACGCUGACACAACUACCAUCGGUAGAGACGAAUCGUCGUCCUCGAGAACAGGCGGGUCAUCUUUUCCCAAAGAAGGCCUGUACUGGGAGCUUCAUGACGAUUCUCAAUUGGAUACCUUGAUCUCCUUCUCCGUCUUGGUCUUCUCAAUGUUCAAUACUUCUACGUCCUCGGAUCGGGAUUGUUGGUCACGAAUGGACUUAGGUUUUGCGGUCCGAAUCAAAGGGACUCUGAUUUUGACGAGGCCAUUUCCUUUAGAAAGAGUAAUAAAGUGUGAGACAAUAUGUUUGACUGAAUACAAGGGUCAAGUGCUCCAGGGAUAUUAAAGUUUUGGUGCAGGCACGCACUAGGCAGGCGAGCAAUAAACCGUGCCUGAUACUCCAAACCAUUCCCAUAACUUCGCGCCGCUCGACUUGCCCUCUCACUCUCCGCCACCAGGUGUCCUCGCGGCGCGUUAGUCACAUUCACCUCACACGACAUAAGAACAAGGGCUUGGUGAGAUCUCGUAUAUUUCAGCUAAUAAGCUUGAUAUUAUUCGCCGUCUAGACUCGUGGCAGUUCAUACUCUCCUCUCUCAUUGUAAGUCCAAGACGAAAAAGAAACAAACAAACCGCUUAUGGAAGGGGUAUCUUUUCAGCGCUGAAGAAGUAGAUGCCAGCCUCACGGAAACGCCAUCGCUCAUUCAUAUGCAAGUGUGGUUGGGUAUCAUCCCCGGUCCCUAACGUCUAGAUCCUCGUCGACGUCUUCCCUGGCAGAAUUAGGCGCAUGAGCCGGAACAGC